AGCUGAGAUCUUAUAACAAAAAAACUUGACAGCUGAGAAAGCAACGGGGGAUGGCUGAUGAGUCAGAGACGCAAGAGGUCAAAGCAGCAUCCAUGACGAUGAAGAAAAGGUCGAGGAAGAAGAGGACGCCGCGUGGGAAUCAACACCCCUUCCGCAGGACAGCAACGACAGACAAACCGUUGGCGCCGGAGGGGGGGAGAGGGGAGGGUCGCGAGCGCGUAUGGUGAUGAGAUGACCCGGCGGCGUGAGGGCGGCGUCGUCAGGGGAUGGAGAACGGAGACGGGUCAGUGACGGGCGCGGGCGCCGUCGGCAGCGCCGGGAGCCUCGGCCUUCGCGUCGGCCAGGCCGUGUUCUCGUCGGCGUCCCUGCUGUUCAUGUCCGUCGGCGUCGAGUUCUACAGCUACACCGCCUUCUGCUUCCUGGUCACGAUCAUGGGCCUGGUCAUCCCCUGGAGCUGCACCCUGGCCAUGAUCGAUGUGUGCUCCGUCUUUGUGGGAUGCCCCCUCCGCGUGCCGGGCGUCAUGGUCAUCGUCGUGGUUGGAGACUGGGUCCUGUCGAUCCUGUCGUUCGCAGCCGCCUGCUCGAGCGCCGCGGUGAUCGAUCUCCUCCUCCAGUUCCACGGAUCCCAGUGCUCGCCGAGGUUCUGCGGGAGGUACCAGCUGUCCGCCAUGAUGGCGUUCUUGUCCUGGUUCCUGACGGCCGCUUCGGCGAUCUUCAACUUCUGGUUCGUCGCCUCCCUGUGAAAACUGCGGAGAAGAGGCUGCAACCAGUCACUGUUGUUCUUUUUUUGAAGUAGUACAAGUAAUUUGGAGAGAAUGUGCUACUUCAUCAGUUACCUUCAACGUCUGACCAAUUAGCCCGCUUUCUGAUGCACUGGUGACAGAAUGCGUCAAUAGGUCAGGAGCCUGUCUCUGAACUUGUCAGGCCCAGUUGAUUCCAUUUCUGAUAUGAAAGAUUUGCGUAAAGAAAUAAGAACAGUCUAACGGUUUUAACAUCU